GUUAAGCGUAAUACUAAAUUCUUAAGAGGAUUCUCGUGCACAAGUUUCAGACUAAUGAAGUCGAUCUGGACCGUCCGAUCUCGAUCGGACGGCCCAGAGAGAGCCCCAAGUAACACGGGAACGACACGCGCCGUGGGGCCCACACGGCAGCGGGAUGGUCGCCUUCACUGAGGCGACUCUUCUUCUCCUCCUCCUCCUCCGCUCGCGCCGCCGCCGACGAGGUCGCCGGACUCCGCCGCCGCCGCCGCACCACCGCCCGCGACAUGCUCCUCCCCCCUCUGGUGGUCGGCUCGACCAUGGCGUCGCUGGCGUCCCUCUCGCUCCCGGUCUCCACCGCCUCGCAGGGCCGCGCGCGCGGCGCGGGACCCGUCACGGCGGCGCCGCGGCGGCGGAGGGUGAGCGUCGUGCGGGCGAAGGUGCGGGAGAUCUUCAUGCCGGCGCUGAGCUCGACGAUGACGGAGGGGAGGAUCGUCUCCUGGACGGCGGCGGAGGGGGACCGCGUCGCCAAGGGGGACCCCGUGGUGGUGGUGGAGUCCGACAAGGCGGACAUGGACGUGGAGACCUUCUACGACGGGAUCGUCGCCGUCGUCCUCGUCCCGGCCGGUGAGUCCGCCCCCGUCGGCGCCCCCAUCGCCCUCCUGGCGGAGUCCGAGGAGGAGGUCGCCGUCGCGCAGGCGCGUGCACAGGCUCUCCCGAGAGGCCCGGGCCAAGAACCCCCUCCUCCCCACGUUCCCAAGGCUGCGCCGCCGCCGCCGCCGCCACCACCACCACAUGCCCCUCCUGGACCGCCGCCGACGAAGGGCGUCGCCACGCCGCACGCCAAGAAGCUAGCGAAGCAGCACAGGGUGGACAUCUCCAUGGUCGUCGGCACCGGGCCACACGGCCGCGUCACCGGAGCCGACGUCGAGGCGGCCGCUGGCAUCAAGCCAAAGCUAAAGGGCCCAAAGGGCGCUCCACCUCCGCCUCCGCCUCCACCUCCAUCGCCACACAGACACCCCGCUGCUCACCCUCCGCCUCCGCCUCACCACCCCGCUCCUCGCCCUCCGCCGCCGAUGGCGGCGGCACCCCGGCAACCAGCAGCGCUGCCACCGGUGCCUGGCGCGACGGUGGUGCCGUUCACGACGAUGCAAGCCGCGGUGAGCAGGAACAUGAUGGAGAGCCUGUCAGUGCCAACAUUCAGAGUCGGCUACGCCGUGUGCACUGACAAGCUCGACGCACUAUGCGAGAAGGUUAAAUCGAAAGGGGUCACAAAGACAUUGUUGCUGGUGAAGGCCGCGGCCAUGGCGCUCACGCAGCACCCGGUUGUGAAUGCCAGCUGCAGGGAUGGGAAGAGCUUCAGUUACAACAGUAGUAUCAACAUUGCUGUGGCUGUCGCGAUCGAGGGCGGCCUUCUUACGCCUGUCUUGGAGGAUGUUGAUAAGUUGGAUGUAUACCUUCUUGCACAAAAGUGGAGAGGCCUGCUCAAGAAGGCACGCAUGAAGCAGCUCCAACCAGACGAAUACAGUUCAGGGACUUUUACGCUGUCUAAUUUGGGUAUGUUUGGUGUGGAUAGAUUCGAUGCAAUCCUUCCACCUGGUCAGGGGGCUAUUAUGGCUGUUGGAGGAUCGAGACCUACUUUGGUGGCCAACAAAGAUGGUUUCUUUAGCAUCAAGAACGAAAUGCUGGUCAAUGUUACUGCUGACCACAGGAUUAUAUAUGGUGCUGAUUUGGCAGCAUUCCUGCAGACAUUUGCGAAGAUCAUUGAGGAUCCUGAGAGCCUAACAUUGUAGGGAAAAUGUCCCUCACAAGUGCUCCCUAAGUAUCUGCAGUUUGUUUGAUUCGAAUUGGAAGAAUAAUUCCACCGAGCAUUUGUAGCCAUUAAUUGUAAAUAGUUUUGUUAUUGUUUUAAUGUUAUUGCCAUAUGAUCAAUAUUUUUUCUUAUACCCGCCACGGAAUAAGUGAAAUGCUCAUUUCCAGUUUCCAUA